AUGAGAAUUAAUGAUGGAAAUGUAAAGGUGGUUGUACUUGAUUUUUUAACUCUUAACGAGCAUGAUGAUGACGAUCAAAAUUCUAUUCAUAUUAUUCGGAGAUUGGAAUUAUUAUUGAAAAAGAAAUUCUCAUUGCAACAAUUAGGAAAGAAGAAAUGGCUCGAGAAUAGAGAAUUGAAAUAUGAGAAUUUCAUUCCUGUUGAGUUUAUGAACGACAAAGAAUUUAUUUUGAAUCACGUUAAAAAGUUUGGCUAUGGUUGGAAAUAUGCAUCCCCCAAGUUAAAACAAGACCGAGAGUUUCUGUUGACAGUGGUUCAAUACAAUGGAUCAAUGGAAUUAAGAUUUCCAAAUUACAGAAUUGGAAAUGAUAAAGAAUUAAUAUUGACUGCCGUAAAGAAUGACGGAGAGGUAAUGAAUUCCGUUUCAACUGUGCUACGAAAUGAUAAGGAGUUUAUGUUGAAAGUAGUUCAGUUGAAUGGAAAAGCGCUGUCCUAUGCAGCACCACCUCUCAAGAAUGAUCUUGACAUUGUAUUAGCUGCUGUGAGACAAAAUGGUGAGGCAUUGAGUUAUACUUAUGUAGACCCAGCAUAUGGUUUGAGAUCAAAUAAGGACGUAAUUUUAGAAGCGAUCAAACAAAAUAAGAAGGCACUUCAAUGGGUUCCAAUUGAGUUACUCACAGAUCUUUCUUUCAUGUUGAAAGUUGUUACAUUAAUUUUUCCUGAAUUCGAAGGAUUGAAGGUGUUUAAUUAUUCCAACAAAGAAGUCAUGUUGAAACUUGUACAAGAAUUUGGAUUUUUACUUCAGUUUGCAAGUGAAGAGCUUAAGAAUGAUCGUGAUGUUGUGAGAAAUGCAGUUCAGAAUAAUGCUUGUUCUAUUGAAUUUGCCUCUGAUGAUUUAAAGCGUGACAAGGACAUUGUACUUGUUGCCGUUCAGAAAGAUGGCAACGCUUUGGAAUUUGUCUCAACAGAGUUGAAAAGUGAUUAUGAUGUGGUGCUAGCUGCUACUUGUCAAAAUUGCCAUGCCUUUGUUUACGCCCUCAAUGAUUUGAAAAAUAACAAAGAUAUUGUAUUAGCAGCUGUUAGAAAAGAUGGUUAUGCUCUUGCAUAUGCGUCAAAUAAGUUGACAAGCGAUCGAGAGAUUGUUUUGGAAGCAGUUCAACGAGAUGGCUUUGCACUUGAUUAUGCUGAUAAGAUUUUUCAAAAUGAUCGAGAAAUAGUUUUUGAAGCAAUCAAUGAAAACAAGGAGGCUUUUUUCUACGCUUCAGAGAGUGGACUUUUAAAUGACAAACAAUUCUUAUUAGAUGUGAUCAAGAUGGGAUGUGAGGAUAUUAUGUCACUUGUACCAGCAGAAUUUACAAAUGACAAAGAAUUUAUUCUGCAAGCAGUCAAACUUAACAGUCUUGGAGUUAUUGGACGCAAUUAUAAUUGUUCUUCCCGAGAAAUAAUGUUAGAGGCAGUGAAAAACAAUGGUUACUCAUUGAAAUACGCAAGUGAAGAAUUACAACAAGAUUCAGAAAUUGUGAUGGAGGCACUUAAAUGCAAUGGAUAUGUAUUGAAGUACAGCGAUGAAUUAUAUCAAGCGAGAAUGACUCAUUACUAUCACGAUGCGUAUUUGGGAAUUUCCAUGCUUCCAUGA